UAGAGGAGCGGGGCAAACCCCUGACUUCCGGCCGCGUUUAGCUGCUACCUGUCUAGCGGCCUGGCAGAGUUGCGGUCCUAGCGCGUUGCCCUGCUGCGGCCUCUGUGCGUCUCGUCUUGCGUCCCGAGCUCCCUGGAGCCUAGCGAGGAUCCGGGCGGCUCCGCUGCUCCCUGUUGCCGGCGUCCGCCCGCCUGCGGAGGACCGGUUCCUGGGAGCCGCGCGUGCACGUCCUCCUCGUUGUCCUCCCGGGGCCGGGCGCGGGGACAGUCGGCUGCCCAGCUUCUUGGAGCGGAGGCGGCAGGGACGCCCGAGGACUGCGCUUACUGAGGGUGCUCGGAGAGGAGUAGUUCAAAAUGUCAAAAAUUAGGAGGAAGGUCACAGUGGAAAACACCAAGACCAUAUCUGAGAGUACAUCCAGAAGACCUAGUGUGUUUGAGAGGCUUGGACCCAGUACUGGCAGCACAGCAGAGACCCAGUGCCGGAACUGGCUGAAGACGGGCAGCUGCCUCUAUGGAAACACAUGUAGGUUCGUCCAUGGCCCUUCACCUCGUGGGAAAGGUUACAGCAGCAAUUACAGAAGGUCACCGGAAAGACCUACAGGUGACCUCAGAGAAAGAAUGAAGAACAAGCGUCAGGAUGUGGACACUGAAUCCCAGAAACGGAACACAGAGGAGUCAUCCUCACCUGUUAGGAAAGAAUCUUCAAGAGGGAGACAUAGAGACAAGGAAGACAUAAAAAUUGUUAAGGAGAGAACUCCAGAAAGCGAAGAAGAAAAUGUAGAAUGGGAGACUAACAGAGAUGAUUCUGACAAUGGAGAUAUUAAUUAUGAUUAUGUUCAUGAGUUGUCAUUGGAAAUGAAGCGUCAGAAAAUACAGAGAGAAUUAAUGAAGUUGGAACAAGAAAACAUGGAUAAGAGGGAAGAAAUUAUCAUUCAAAAGGAGGUUUCCCCAGAAGUGGUUAGAUCAAAAUUGUCCCCAUCACCUUCUCUGAGAAAGUCUAGUAAAUCACCAAAGCGGAAGUCAAGCCCCAAGGCAUCUUCAACUAGCAAGAAAGAGCGGAAGGCUGCAGUGGUGGCUUCUCCACUGUUGGACCACCAGAGGACUUCAAAAAGCAACCAAAGUAAAAAGAAAGGGCCACGGACUCCUAGUCCACCUCCUCCUAUACUGGAAGAUAUCAUUCUGGGGAAAAAAUACAAAGAAAAAUAUAAAGUGAAAGACAGGAUAGAAGAAAAACCAAGAGAUGGAAAGGACAGAGGUCGAGAUUUUGAAAGGCAAAGAGAAAAAAGAGACAAGCCAAGGUCUUCUUCCCCAGGACAGCACCAUUCUCCUCUGUCUUCUAGACAUCAUUCAUCCUCUUCCCAGUCAGGAUCGUCUAUUCAGAGACAUUCUCCUUCUCCUCGUCGGAAAAGAACGCCUUCCCCAUCCUACCAGCGGACUUUAACUCCUUCUUUACGACGUUCUGCCUCUCCUUAUCCAACACAUUGUCUGUCUUCUCCUCAGAGAAAGCAAAGUCCUCCAAGGCAUCGCUCUCCAUUGCGAGAGAAAGGGAGGCAUGAUCAUGAACGGACUUCACAGUCACAUGAUCGGCGUCACGAAAGGAGGGAAGAAACUCGAGGCAAAAGGGAUAGAGAAAAGGACACCAGAGAAGACCGAGAGUCAGAACACGACCACAGGGAUGACAGAGAACCUCGAGACAGCCGGGACCGGAGAGAUACUAGAGACCGCAGGGAACUGAGAGACUCCAGGGAUAUCCGGGACUCCAGAGAGAUGAGGGACUAUGGCAGAGACACCAAGGAGAGCCGUGACCCCAGAGAUUCCCGAUCAGCUCGGGAUGUGCAUGACUACAGAGACCGUGAAGCUCGGGAUGUUCGAGAUGUUCGAGAUGUUCGGGAUGUUCGGGAUGUUCGAGAUGUUCGGGAUGUUCGGGAUGUUCGAGAUGUUCGGGAUGUUCGAGAUGUUCGGGAAGUUCGGGAUGCUCGGGAUGCCCGGGAUGCUCGAGAUGCCCGGGAUGCUCGAGAUGGUCGGGAUGGUCAUCGGAAGGAGGAUGCAUACCAGGAAGAAGCCCGCAGUUAUAGCAGAAACCACCUGAGAGAGGAGAGUUCUCGGGUUGAGCUAAGGAAUGACUCUAGAAAUGAGUCUCGGAGUGAAAUUAGAAAUGACCGGAUGGGCAGAAGUAGGGGAAGAGGGCCAGAAUUGCCUGAAAAGGGAAGUCGAGGCACAAGAAGUUCCCAAAUGGAUAGCCACAGUAGUAGCAGCAACUACCAUGACAGCUGGGAAACUCGAAGUAGCUAUCCUGAAAGAGACAGAUACCCUGAAAGGGACACUCGAGAUCAAGCAAGGGAUUCUUCCUUUGAGAGAAGGCAUGGAGAAAGAGACCGUCGUGACAACCGAGAACGAGAUCAAAGACCAAGCUCACCUAUUCGACAUCAGGGAAGGAGUGAGGAGCUUGAGCGUGAGGAAAGAAGAGAGGAGCGGAGAGUAGACAGAGUGGAUGAGAGAAGAGAUGAACGGGUCAGAGACAGAGACAGGGACCGAGAGCGAGAAAGGGAGCGGGAGAGAGAGCGCGAACGAGAUCGGGAGCGAGAAAAAGAAAGAGAAAGAGAACUAGAAAGAGAGCGAGCCAGAGAGCGGGAGAGAGAGAGAGAGAAAGAGAGGGAGAGAGAGAGGGAGAGGGAACGAGAACGAGAGAGAGAUCAGAGAGAUCGUGACCAUGAUCGGGAGCGAGAAAGAGAGAGGGAACGGGAGAGGGAAAAAGAACGGGAGCGGGAGAGAGAAGAGAGAGAGAGGGAACGAGAACGGGAGCGCGAGAGAGAAAGAGAGCGGGAGCGAGAAAGGGCAAGAGAAAGAGAGAAAGAACGAGAGCGGCAAAGAGAAUGGGAAGACAAAGACAAGGGCCGCGAUGACCGCAGGGAGAAGCGCGAGGACAUCCGAGAGGACCGGAACCUCAGGGACAGCCAUGAGGACAGGAAGUCCAAGAAACGCUAUAGAAAUGAAGGGAGUCCCAGCCCCCGACAGUCUCCCAAGCGCCGGAGGGAGCAUUCUCCCGACAGUGACACCUACCACAGCGGGGAUGACAAAAAUGAAAAGCAUAGACUCUUAAGCCAGGUUGUACGGCCACAAGACUCUCGUUCCCUCAGCCCAUCUCACCUCACAGAAGACAGGCAGGGUAGAUGGAAAGAGGAGGAUCGGAAAGCAGAAAGAAAAGAGAGCUCAAGGCGCUAUGAAGAGCAGGAACUCAAAGAGAAGAUUUCUUCUAGCGAUAGGCAAAGGGAGCAGGCAGACAGCAUGGACAGCUCCAGAGCACGUGCACAAGACCUGACUAGCCACCGCCAGCCUGAAGACCGCGACCGUGACCGCGACCGCGACCGCGAUGGACCUGAUCGAGCCCACGAUGAAAAGAAAAAAGCAAAAGCUCCAAAGAAACCUAUUAAGAAGAAAAAGGAAGAUGAUGUUGGACUAGAGAGGGGCAACCUUGAGACAUCUGAAGAUGCUCAAGUGUUUUCCCCAAAAAAAGGACAGAAGAAGAAAAACAUUGAGAAGAAGCGUAAAAGAUCCAAAGGGGACUCUGAUGUCUCUGAUGAAGAGAUGGCGCCGCAGAGCAAGAAGAGAGGCCCACGCACGCCCCCUCUGGCCAUCAAGGAGGAACUGAUUGACAUUUGCACCGACAAGGACGGCAUGCUCGAGGAGGACCCGCUGAAGAAAGAAGAGACAGCCUUUAGUGACUGGUCGGAUGAGGACGUGCCUGACCGCACAGAGGGCAUGGAAGCUGAGCACACCGCGGCAGCGGCCACUCCUGGCAGCACCCCGUCCCCGCCGUCUUCUCUUCUCCCUCCUCCGCCCCCUGUGGCUGCGGCCGGUACUGCAGCCACUGCUCUUGCCUCCUCUGCUACGGCUGCCACCGCCUCUGCCCUCACUUCCAGCUCCGCUGUCACAGCCAGUGCCAGUGAAGACUCACACAGAAAAUGCCACAGGACACGUGGAGUGGAGAAAGUAGAGGCAUGUCAUGUGACUCUAGAAGAUACACCACAUCGCAGGCUGGUGGAUCAGAAGAGGAGCAGCAGCCUCGGAAGCAAUCGGAGUCACCGUAGCCACACCUCUGGUCGCCUGCGCUCCCCAUCUAAUGAUUCUGCCCAUCGUAGUGGGGAUGACCAGAGUAGUCGAAAGAGAGUGCUGCAUAGUGGCUCCAGAGACAGAGAAAAAACAAAAAGCCUGGAAAUCACGGGAGAAAGAAAAUCGAGGAUUGAUCAGUUAAAGCGUGGAGAACCCAGUCGAAGUACUUCUUCAGAUCGCCAGGAUUCCAGAAGCCACAGCUCAAGAAGAAGCUCCCCUGAGUCUGAUCGGCAGGUCCACUCACGGUCUGGGUCAUUUGACAGUCGAGACAGACUUCAAGAGCGAGAUAGGUAUGAGCACGAACGGGAGCAGCGGGAGAGGGACCGCAGAGACCCAAGGCAGAGGGAAUGGGACCGCGAAGCUGACAAAGAGUGGCCACGAACUCGAGACCGACUGCGGGAACGGGAGAGAGAGCGAGACAAAAGGAGAGACUUGGACAGAGAGAGAGAGAGACUGACUGCUGACCCCGUGGACAAGGACAGAGACCGAGAUAGAACUUUCGAGGCCUCUCAGUCAGAAUCUGUGAAACGCAGUGACGCCAAAUUGGAGAGUGAGCAUGAGAGAGACCUGGACGGCAGCUCCCGGGACUCCGUAGCUGUGGAUAAAGAGAGACUGGACAGAGACCUGGGGUCUCUGCAGGGAUUUGAAGAUGUGAGUAAAGCUGAGAGAGCCGAGAGUCUGGAAGCAGGAGAUGAUGAGUCCAAGUUAGAUGAUGCACAUUCAUUAGGAUCUGGAGCCGGGGAAGGAUAUGAACCCAUCAGUGAUGAUGAACUAGAUGAAAUUCUGGCCGGGGAUGCAGAAAAGAGAGAGGACCAGCAGGAAGAGGAGAAGAUGCCAGAUCCAUUAGACGUGAUAGAUGUGGAUUGGUCUGGACUUAUGCCAAAGCAUCCAAAGGAACCAAGAGAGCCUGGGGCUGCGCUCUUAAAGUUCACACCUGGAGCUGUUCUGCUGCGAGUUGGCAUUUCUAAAAAGUUGGCGGGUUCUGAGCUGUUUACUAAAGUUAAAGAGACAUGUCAGCGACUUCUCGAGAAACCCAAAGAUGCAGAGAGCCUUUUCGAACAUGAACUAGGGGCUCUCAACAUGGCUGCUUUACUGCGAAAAGAAGAGCGAGCGAAUCUUCUUAGUGACCUGGGACCAUGUUGUAAAGCAUUGUGUUUCAGACGGGAUUCAGCAAUCCGGAAGCAGCUUGUGAAGAACGAAAAGGUACCACGUGGGAACUGUGAAGCAGGCGUACACCAACACUCCGAUGGUAGACAACGAGCUGCUUCGGCUGAGUCUUCGGUUAUUUAAGAGGAAGACCACUUGUCAAGCCCCUGGACAAGAGAAGACUGAGGACAGUAAAUUAGCACCCUCCAGUAUCCAGCAGGAGCUGUGCGUGUCCUAGGCAAAAGCCUGGGCGGCCCUUUGGUUCAGUCUUAGCAGUGCAGAAUCUUUCUUGAAGUGCUUUGUUUGAAAACAUUGCUAAUUACAGAGACAGAAGACUUAUCAGCCACACCAGAGUAAAGAACUUCGACCUUUAAAGACAUGAGUUUUGGUUCCUUUAAGAUUUUACAUUAAUUUUUAUACAGUAUUCUCAGCCAAAAUAAUGUGAAAGCAUCUAGAUUUAGUAGUUUCGUCUGUGUCUUCAUUAAAAUUGAAGAUUUUAGGAAAGCAGAUCAGCCCUGCUCUUCUAGCCUGUGAAUGCUUCCUGUGAAAUAAAAGGUUUGUAUUCUGGAUCAUCGUUCAGAAACUGACCUUAGUCCAAAAGGCCGUGUUGAUGGGGCCGCUGCACACGCUCCUGUGCCAUGUACAGGGCACCACGGAGCCGCCGCGGGUUUAGGAGUGCGCCUGGAGGCGGUCUCCACCACAGGGGAGCCCGAGGGAGGCUUUUUGUUUUUUCUUUGGAAAAUUCUAAAAAAAAAAAAAAAUGACUGGGAUUUUCUACAUGUGUGCAUUGCUACAUUGUCUAUUGGAAGUCUUUGGACUCUUGAGUGGGGUUGAAUUGUUCAUUAUCAGAGACUGUGCUAUUUUAUUUUUAAUAAACGUAUGUUCCCUUUCCUUGUUGUAGAUUUCCCUUGCUCUUUAUUAAUCGGACUCCAGACCCCUAGAAACAUGUAUCAUCAGCAGUAUAGUUCCACACUUCAUGUUUUUCCUCCUCUUGUACUGAGCACUGGACAGCUGCAUAUGUGUGUGAGGAUAUUGGAGCGUGUGCUUCACAUCCAGCUCUGUAAUUCUGGAAGCAGACUUGUCAUCUGAGGGUGAAAAUGUGACCACUACAUCUCAGUGCUGAGCUGCUUCCAUCCCCCCUUACUUUGUAAAAUUUACUUUUUAAAGGUUAAGAUACUUUGUUCUCUGUACAUCUUUAGCUUGUGAAGUAGACUCUUCGGAGGACUUGGACUGGACUGCAAGUUCAAGAAUUUUGGUGGACAAUGAUACUGAGGUGAUAAUAAAAGAAACCUUAGAAUUUG